UCCUCUCCCCGUUCUCCGGGCUCGUGUCCCUACGGUUUCUUUCAGGAAGCGAGGUCGGCUUACGCUCUGCUAGUGGAACGAGGGGGAGAGACGAUCCGUUUGGGUUCUUCAAUAAGAGAGAGGGGGAAAGGGGGCUGUGAUAGGCAUGGCUUCUAAAGACAUCACUGGCUCUUGUUUCGUCAGUCUGAGCAAGGAAAUUACAGAAAGUGUCAGGAAGAUUAUCGACAAAUCUCCUAUCAAGUUUGUACGUGGUAUCAAACUUGACACCAAAAACGGCAAAACGGAGGAAAGAAUUUUGGUCCUCACAACAUGGCGGCUGUAUUUCCUGAUGCCCAAGGUUCCCACAAAGAUAGAGGCAACGUUCAACUUCUUAGAAAUUCGCUCUCUGACCUCCCAUGCGGAACAUCAGGUGAACGUUGACACGGACAAGUCCACCUACUCCCUGUGGUUUCAGUCCCGUGAGCAGCUCAACCAUGUCGUCAGCCAUGUUAACUUCGCCCUGUCACGAAUAUUCAACAACUCUGUGUUUGCCCCCUCCAUCUGUCACUCAGACAGUGACCUUUCAGAAGGCAGCAGGAAGUACUCCCCCAGCUCGGAGACGUCGCUGGAAACCCAGAGGGCGUGCGGAGGUUUUUCGGAGACUUACGCUGCUCUAUGCGACUACAACGGUAUUGGCUGCAAGGAGGAGGUGCAGUGGGAUGUGGACACAAUCUAUCACUCCCAGGACAACCGGGAGUUUAACCUGCUGGACUUCAGUCACCUUGAGAGCAGGGAUUUGGCAGUCAUUGUUGCAUCGAUGGCCUACAACAACUGGUUUACCAAACUGUAUGUCAAAGACCUGCGGAUAGGGUCGGAGGUCACGGAGCAGGUCUUGCACACGCUCAGUAAGUCUUCAAGCCUGGAGGAGAUCACACUGGAGAACGCUGGGUUAAAAUCGGACUUUCCACAGAAGAUGUCAGUUGCUCUUUCAGAGAAUCCAGCAUCUGCCAUCCACUCCCUCAACUUGGCCCAUAACUCUCUGGACAAUCAAGGUGUGUCCAACCUCAUCCAGCAGGUGUGUCGCCUCAGCAAGGGACUCCGUCUGCUAAACCUUUCCAAGACCUCUCUCUCCUCCAAAGGAGUGGUGUCUCUUUCUCAAGCUAUUUGCUCCAGUGAUGAAUAUUCCAACUCUCUCUUGCAUCUGGACCUGAGCAAGAACCCAGGACUGCUGUCCGGCGAAGACGUGUCGGUUAGUGUGCUGGUGGACUGGCUCAUUGUGUCUGCCAGGUCUCUGCUGACAGGACUGGUCACCAACCCCCACAUCAAUGAACUACACCUGGACCUCAGUGGCUGUGAGCUGAGAUCUGCAGGGGCUGCCGUGAUCCAGGAGCUUUUCCCCAGGGUGUCCUCAAUCGCAAGCCUGGAUAUCUCUGAUAAUGGUCUAGACGGAGACCUGUUUUCGGUCCUGCCAGCCCUCUCCAGACAUCCUUCCCUCAAGCACCUUCAUCUGGGCAAAAAUUUCAACAUCAAGAGCAGGGUUCUGGACGAGGUCCUGCAGAAGCUGGUUCUGCUCAUUCAGGAGGAGGACUGCGCGCUGCAGUCUCUGUCGCUGACUGAAUCGCGCCUCCGCUCUCGGGGCACGGUGUUGGUGAACACCCUGGGCAGCAACACCUGCCUCAGGAAAGUGGACCUGAGUGGGAACAGCAUGGAGGACAUUGGUGCUAAGAUGCUGAGCAAGGCUCUUCAGAUCAACACCACACUCAGGAGCGUGACAUGGGAUCGAAACAAUACCUCAGCGACUGGCUUUUUGGAUGUAGCGCGGGCACUCGAGCAUAAUUUCACCUUGCAGUACAUGCCCCUCCCUCUCAGUGACAUCAGCCAGGCAUACCGGAGUGCCCCAGAGAAAACGGAGCAGGCUCUAACCAAGAUCCAGCGAGCUCUGCUGAGAAACAACCAAACCCAACAAUUCUCCCAGAGACAGGCCCUCCGCCUGCACCAGGGCCUGGUCACCAGCACCGCUGAGCAGGUGAUGGAGCGUCUGUGCGUGCGUGUCGAGCAGCAGGUGUGUGUGUUACGAGGUGUUGGCGACAUGGAGGAGAUCCAAGCUGCCAAACAAGUGCUGAAAGAAGCCAGGAGCUCCCGUGCUCUCUACCCGUCACUGUGCGAGCUGGCUCAUGUUCUGUCAGUUGACGGACCAGUCCGACAGAGGUUAGACUCUCUAGCUGGAGAACUGGCCAAGGCAGCAGAUAAGGAGCUGCAGGUGAUCGUGGACUCCACGGUGUCUCUGUGCCGCGAGCUGUGUCCCCUGUCUUCGUCCAGCGCAGAGCGUCUCACGCCACCACUGUCGUCUGUCUCUGACCGCGUGUCCAUCCCUCGCUCGGCCAUCCGCACCGCGCUGAUGGAGAGAGCGGCGCAGGACAUCCACCGGGCCCUAGAGGAGGUGAAGCUGUCCGUCGUGUCUUAUCUCACCAACUCCAUCGUGGAUCAGAUCCUCCAGGAACUCUACGCUACCCACAAGGCCCUUACACAGCAGGUGUCCCAGCUGAAACGCUUGGAUGGGACGUGUGAGGACGGCACGGGUCAAAGGUCACACAGAAACUCUCUGGAGAUCACAGAUGAGGAGCUAGGAACCAGCAUAGACACAAUUGCAAUUAAGAAGCGCAGCUCUAGAACUCGUCGAAUACGCCCCGUAUCCACCAGGCUAAGCCUGUGUGAUGACUCCAGCUCUACCCCACCCACCUCUAUGCCCUUCUCCUCACCCCUAUCCCGUUCCGCAUCCUGGGAGGGUCUGUCGGAGCUGCCUACCCAGGGUGCACCAUUGCUCCACGUCACACGGGUCCGGCCCAAGCCCCCGCGGCGACACAGGGCCAGCCACCUUCCCUCUGACACACACUGCAGUGAAAAUGGAGGAGUUAGCCCUCUUGAUGAUGGACUACCAGAUUUCUAUUCUAAAAGAGUACUCCCUGACUCUCUACUCUCAUUUUUGCACAAAUCCAACUCACUGAGAAGAAAGAAGAGAAGCAACAUGCUGUCCAUCUUUAGCUUCCGUAAAAACCGCAACCAGACCCUGGAUCCUGAGCCUGAAUCAGGAGAAGAGCUUUUCAGCGAAGAGUGUCAUGCUGUUGCCAUAGCACCCACCGGGACGGCCAUGGAGAAUGUUUACACGUUGCUGCAGCCCCCCAGGACCCAGUCCAGGGCCGAGUCGCCCGGAGUUUCCACAGACAGGAGAGGGGACGGCCCGCAGUGGGAGAAAUUCCUGGUCCUGAGCCCGCCACCGAAAUCCAUUUUGGACACCGAGCUGCAGCAGCCAGAAUAUGGUAGGCUUUGGGGCGAUGUCAAGCAAUCGGACAGACUCAAGACGACGGAGGGAUCGGGGCAUGCAGAGGGACCGCGGCAGCCGGACGGGAGGCAGGGGGACGGCCACGCUGAGGGCCACCGACGGGCCUCUCUGUGGUCAACAGCGGUUGGACGGAGAGAGAGAGAGAGAACGCGCGCGGAGAGCAAACCGACGGAGAGAGCAUGUUGCGACAGCAGGCGCGCCGACAAACAGUGGACACUGGACCGCCACGCCCAGAGGCAGAUCGACCGGAAGCUGGAGAGACAGUGGACGACGGGAAGGCACCUGGACCGCUCGUGGUCGGAGAACAGGACCACGGACAUCGCGAUCGACUGGAUGUGGACGGAAGGGAGGCAGCCUGGCAGCAGCGGCAGGAAGACUGAGAGGUCUGGCCCGGCGCCACAUCUGCCCCAGAGGCCACUACCUCCGUACACAUCAGACUGGACGCCCUCGACCAAGCAGGAAGGAGAUCCCUUAAGAAACCUGGACUUGGCUGCAUUGGUGGUCGGGGAGCGAACUCUGCUUCACAUGCAGGAAACGCCAUCGGAUAGACAGAGCCAAUCAGAGGGCUGGAGGAGCGGAGGGGGGGGCGUGUCAUCCAGCCGCAGUGCUCCCUGUGCGUCUAAGCCAGAUCCUCCCCUGCAGAGUAGCAAACGCCACCUGCACAGACUUAGCUCAGGUGUGGAGGAGGAAGAGGAAGUGGAUCCCGGGAGGAUGGAGAAGAGGGAGGGAGUGAGGGACCUGGAGGGCCCACACCCUCCCAUUCCAGAGAAGCCAAAGACGUCGUCCUAUGUGACUUUCCCUAAGAAUUCAGACAGCGAUAGACACCUACCUCCACCGCCGGUCCCGGCACCUAACACCAGAGCUUUGCAUGGAUUGCCUUACCGAGCUGCCAGUCAAGGUGAUGAAGGAAUACGACCCCAGGCUCCUGUUAAGCCUCGGAGGCACAGGAAGGCGAUGUCAUGUGACACAGGCACUGACAGGGACAGGGAUAAUCUUGAGAAGCCCACCAAUCGCAAACCCCCUGUGAAAAAGCCUAGACUACCCCAGAACAGAAAUAAAUCCCUGGACCUGUCUGCUCGCGACCAUGGCCACCACGCUACAGAAAGCUUCUCCUCAUCACCUGAACAACUCAACCUGUAGUGAGGAGGGUCCUGAGAGUCGUCAACCCCCUUGCCUGCCUUCCAUAUCAGAGCGAGGAGAUGUCCACCAUGACAACCGCCAAGCAUUUCAUCAGCCGGGGAGUAGGGGUGGGGUUGGAAACGGAAUGCGAGGGCAAGCAUAGCAGUGAACAACGUGAACAAGUGUGAAAUCAGACAUCCACAUGCAUAAGGGGGACACAUCCUUUGCUUUUCAUAUGGUUGAACAGUCCCUCUUCUGUCUUUUAUGUUUUGUCAUUCUCUAUCUCUGCGUAGUGUGCUCAUACUGUUUGCUUUAUUCUCUCGCUCUCACAUCAUAUAAAACCUGCUGAAUCUG